UUCCCUCUUUUGGGCAUUUCCUUCUUGAGGUUGAGGAAAACUGGUCAUCAGCCAUUGCACUAUUGCAGUACCAAGCUUGAAUUACUAAGAAAAAAAUGGUUAGUGUCCCUGAGAUAACCCUAAACUCUGGCCAUACCAUGCCUCUUCUAGGUAUGGGCACAGCAGUCUACCCUUUUGUAGGACCAAAUGCUGUCACCUCUGCAAUACUCCGGGCAAUCGAGCUUGGUUAUCGACACUUCGACACGGUGGCCGUUUACCAGACAGAGAAGUUUCUUGGUGAAGCCAUAGCUCAAGCUCAUGAUCAAGGCUUCAUUAAAUCUAGACAAGAGCUCUUCAUAACCUCCAAGCUAUGGUGCACUGAUUCGCAUGCUGAUCUAGUCCUCCCUGCAAUUCACAAGACUCUUAGGAAUCUUCAAUUGGAUUACCUUGAUCUUUAUCUUAUACAUCUCCCAAUAAGCGUAAAGCCAGGAAAGUUUCAAGCUCCACCACCAAAGGAGGACCUUAUGCCUAUGGACAUAAAAUCUGUUUGGGGAGCCAUGGAAGAAUGCCAGAAGCUGGGUCUCACUAAAUCCAUUGGUGUUAGCAAUUUCUCCUGUAAAAAGCUCAGUGAUUUACUUCUUAUUGCUACAAUCCCUCCUGCAGUAAUUCAAGUGGAGAUGAACCCACUUUGGCAGCAGAAGAAGCUAAGGGAGUUUUGUAAGAGAAAAGGUAUACAUGUGACAGGUUACUCUCCUUUGGGUGCUAGAGGUACAAUUUGGGGGACCAAUAAAGUUAUGGAGUGUAAGGAGCUUGAAGAGAUUGCAAAGGCUAGAGGAAAGACUAUUGCUCAGGUUUGUCUGAGAUGGGUUUUUGAGCAAGGAGUAGUUGUUGUUGUUAAGAGCUUCAAUGAGGAGAGGAUGAAAGAGAACUUGGACAUAUUAGACUGGGCAUUGAGGGAGGAGGACACCCAGAAGAUCACUCAGAUCCAGCAGUUUAGUUCUUUCAAUACAGAUGUUCUUGUGUCAGCAGAUGGGCCAUUCAAGUCUGCUGAGGAAUUUUGGGAUGGAGAGAUCUAAGUCAGCUCUUGUGAUUCUCAUGACUGCUCAGACCUUUGAAGUUGUAUUUCCAAGAAUGAUUGUAUGCUUAGUUUACUUCUUUGACAAAUUUUUUACUAAUUAAUAUACCAAAG